AGUAGGAUGGAUCCUGCCGUGGCUUUUGUUCUGCAGAUCCACCCAUCCUCCUAGCAGUCAAGUACCAGGCUAUGGUUUUCUCUCUGGGGAUCUUUCUUCCGCGUUUUGCCGGUGUCUCCGAUGAGGUUUUGGCCUCGGCUGGGAUUUCACUACCUUACUUUUCGUUUGGCUUCACGCUGAAAAAAGGGAUUCCUUAUAUUUGCUCUCCACGCUUUUGGUUAUAAUCCACUGUUGGUCUAGGGGGAACAACCGUUCAGCCUGGCUGAAAAAAAAGCAUCCGUUGAAAAGUCUCAAAGAAAUACACCACGUGAGGAAAAAAAACUGGGAGAAGAUCGGAAUAUAAUCGCUUUUUCUAUGAUAAAACUGGUGCCCCUCUUCAGGAGAACUGAUCUCAAUUUAUUAUUAUGCAACCACAAGGAUCUCUUCUUUCUCAGGGUGUAUAAGCUGCUGGAUUGCUUUUCGCCCAAAUCAAUGUGGUUUCUUUGGAACAUUUUCAGCAAAGGAUCGCAUAUGCUGCAGUGUCUUUGUGGCAAGAGUCUUAAGAAAAACAAGAACCCAACUGAUCCCCAGCUCAAGGGUAUAGUGACCAGGUUAUAUUGCAGGCAAGGCUACUACUUGCAAAUGCACCCCGAUGGAAGUCUCGAUGGAACCAAGGAUGACAGCAGUAAUUCUACUUUAUUCAACCUUAUACCAGUGGGACUUCGAGUUGUCGCUAUCCAGGGUGUAAAGACUGGGUUGUAUAUAGCCCUAAAUGGAGAAGGUUUCCUCUACACAUCAGAACUUUUUACACCAGAGUGCAAAUUCAAGGAGUCUGUUUUUGAAAAUUAUUAUGUAAUCUACUCAUCCAUGCUAUACAGACAACAGGAGUCCGGGAGGGCCUGGUUCUUGGGGCUGAACAAAGAAGGGCAGGUCAUGAAAGGAAACAGAGUGAAGAAAACAAAACCAGCAGCUCAUUUUCUACCCAAGCCAUUGGAAGUUGCCAUGUAUCGAGAACCAUCUUUGCAUGAUAUUGGAGAAACAGUGCCAAAGGCUGGGGUAACUCCAAGUAAAAGCACAAGUGCAUCUGCAAUAAUGAAUGGAGGCAAACCAGUGAACAAGAGCAAGACGACAUAGCCAGAUCCUCACAGGUGUUGUGACUUUACUGAGUCCCAAGUACAGUUGAGCGAUUUAUCCUUGCCAGACUUCCCCUUGGCAGUGUCUGUGGAUCAGCUUGUGGCAAGUCACCAGCUUGCCCGUUCCUGUUCUUGAACUGAGUUGUUGCAAGUGGAUAAAUCUCAACAUGUAGCUCCACCACAACGAGAAGACACCUGGAUGAACCAGCUAAACUCAGACCAUGGAAUGCCCUACCAGAUAUUGGAAUGCCUUUUUAAUAUCUUUUCUGUGACUGUGACACUUCAUGUGAAUGACAUACUUCACAAGUACACUUGAUACCUUGCCUGCUGACAAUUGCCCAUAAUCCCUUUUUGAGUCCAGUUUCAGCAAAAUCCAUGUGUUUAAGUUCUAUUUUGUAGCACACAAAUAAUCAAGUAAUUUCUAGUUAGAUGCUGUAAACCUGUGCUAUUAUGGAUUUCUCUUCUUCCCUUUUUUAUAAGGCUGCUCGCUCCACUGUUUGUGACCUUUUGCAGGGAUUGUGUUUCUCUAUAACUUAAGUGUUGCCGGUGGCUUAGUUUUGAAAGCAAUCAGGGAAUCAGGAAGCCUUCAAAAAUCUACUAUUAAAAAUUAUAUCUAUAAA